GGCGCGGGCGGAGCAGCCGGGUGGCGGCGGCGAGCACGGGUGGCGCUUCCUCUGCGGCGCCCAUGGGGACAGGACGACUUUAAAGGAGUUUGGGGGGGUUCUGGCGCUGGGCGACCACGGAUCCAGCGAUUCCUGCCCUCGCCUCGCCCUGUCAUUGAUGGGAAAUCAACUGGAUCGCAUCACCCAUCUAAAUUACAGCGAGCUGCCGACCGGAGACCCCUCGGGGAUCGAGAAGGACGAGCUGCGCGUCGGGGUGGCUUACUUCUUUUCGGAUGAGGAGGAGGACCUGGACGAGCGAGGCCAGCCAGACAAGUACGGCGUGAAGGGCUCCGGCAGCCCUGGGCAGGAGACGCCCACCCACCACCUCCACCACCCGCUGGUGCUGAACGAGACUCAGUUCUCCGCUUUCCGCGGCCAGGAAUGCAUCUUCUCCAAGGUCAGCAGCGGCCCCCAGGCUGGGGACCUCAGCGUCUACUCGGUGUCAGCCCUGCCCGCCCUCUGCAAGCCGGGGGACCUGCUGGAGCUGCUCUACCUGGGGCCGUCGGAGCACCCGCCGCCGCACUGGGCCGUGUACGUGGGCGGCGGGCAGAUCAUCCACCUGCACCAGGGGCAGAUCCGCCAGGACAGCUUGUACGAGGCGGCCGCGGGCAACGUGGGCCGGGUGGUGAAUAGCUGGUACCGCUUCCGCCCGCUGGUGGCGGAGCUGGUGGUGCAGAACGCCUGCGGGCACCUGGGCUUAAAAAGCGACGAGAUCUGCUGGACUAACUCCGAGAGCUUCGCCGCCUGGUGCCGCUUCGGGAAACGGGAGUUCAAAGCCGGGGGGGAGCUGCAGGCGGCUGCUGGCACCCAGCACCAGCAGCAGUACUAUCUCAAGAUCCACUUGGCAGAGAACAAGGUGCAUACGGUGAGGUUCCACAGCCUGGAGGAUCUAAUACGCGAGAAGCGCAGGAUCGAUGCCAGUGGCAAACUGAGGGUGAUCAAAGACCUGGCUAUAGUGGAUGGGAAAGAAUAGAGAGGAGCAGGAGUACGUGGCUAUCUUCCUUCUGCCCUGCCCGGGGAGACCAGCCUGCUGUAGAGUCGGGAGGCUGCACCCUCCUUCCGUGGGACGCGACUGGAAGCAGGAUCCAUGGCAACAUUCCAAAAAAAACCAGCAUUCUUUACACCCAUAGCCAGUAUUUUGUUUGGCUUUUAAUAGCAUUAAUGCUGAAAGAGUGAGAGAGAGGAAGGAAAGAGGGGGGAGGUGCAGGAAGGCUGUUCUCAGAGUAUGUGGACAAAGUCUCUCCUGUCAAUCUAUGUUGACCAUUCUAGCAACAUGCCAAUAAAAUUUCAAAUUGAAAUUUCUUUUUAAAUUUUUAUUUCAUGGCUUUAAUCCAUGAUAAGUUUUAAGCAUCUGGGACCGUGGAUGUGGAUGUAGCUAAAUGAUGUUCUAGCUAAUAUUUGCCUUGUGGCCAACCAAAAGCAUCAGUCAUACUUUGCUAACUGGGAGAGAAAGGGGGUCUUGGGGUAGAGGAUAAAUGCCUGUUUGUUUCUUCACACAGCUAGUUCAGCCUGUAGCUGCAACCCGAAUUUUGUCCCAGCCAGCUCUGGCAAGCUAUUUAUUAGGAAAAAAUACUUUCACAUUUCUGGCUGAAAUCUAUCACAUUUGAAAUAUUUGCCUUUGCUUUCUGUUUGCAGCUCUCUGCUAAAUGUCAUCAUAAUGUAUAAGCUCUUACAAGCUCUUUCCACCUCUUCCUACCCUCCCUGCUUUUUUUGGGGUUUGUUUUGUUUUGUUUUGUUUUUUUGUUUUUAAAAUUGGUGGACAGCUGUUUUUUAAAACUAAAUUCAUUGGUUAAAAGAAAGUGGUGUAUUUUGGAGAACAAUAUAUUCAGAGAUGCAGCUGCUAGGAUUUCAUGCUUGAGCUGUGGAUUUUUUACCACUGCUUUGAUAUCUCUUCAUACACAGGUCAACAGAAUCCUGCAAGAAAGAAUUUUGAAUUCUGCAUGUUACCUCUUUGGGACAGCAAUUUAUUGCAUAUUUACAGCUCCACUUAAAGAAAUAGAUGUAAUGUGGCCAAGUUCAUCUUGCAUUUCAAAUUCCCAGCAACUAAAAAUUCUGUUCAGUGUAACUUUAGAAAUCCACAGCAGAAUUUAAAAGAUGCCUUUUAAUGUGAUGUAAGCAAUGCCUUGUCUGUAUUUCAGAUCCUGUUCACUCAUUGCUUAAUUCUAACUUUUGAAGUGAAAGAUCAGAGAAUUAAAUAUAUUUUAAAAAAAUCUAAACAAGUAUACUGGGGCAUUUCUUUUUAUUAUUCUGAGCUGCAUACAACUUGUAAUUUUGUCUUUGCAUGUUUCAGUAUAUUUGGUUUUGUUCUGUCUUCCAACAUCAAUGUCAGAUGACAGAAAUAGUAGCCCUCUUUUGUGUAUAUAUGGUACACUCCACCCCCUAUCAAUGUACUGGUCCCAAAUCUUUUUUUAAUUUUUUUUUAUUAAACAGUGUCAUAAGCAACCUUGUUGCAACAUUAAUUUCUCUUCUACAAAGCAUUUGCGUGCUAUAGCUGAAGCUUCUAGGGUGGAGUGUACUUUGUUUUAAUAAAAGUGUUAGCAUAAAUAUCUUUAAGAAAAAACCUGCACCCUUAAAACUGUGCUUCUCCAGUGAAGGUCAUCUAAUUGGCUUUGUCCUUGCUAAUACAUAGGGAAAAAUUCUCACAAUAGGCAGUGUUACUUUUAUCACUUUCCCUAAGGUACCUUGUUUAGUACAACACAGGGUAAAAAUGUGAAUUCUAAUUGCUGUCAAAUUACUAUUGAAAUAGCCUCAAACCACAGCAAACUUUUUAAUAAAUGCUUGUGUGAUAUUUUAGCUUUAUAUAGGCAAUAGUGGCUGUCUGAUGAUAACUUUUUCCAUAACAUGAACAGAAUCCUCUACCUGGUGUUUGUGUAGCUUAUUGUUGCACAUCAGAUUGCCUGAAUUGUCUGCUAGAGCUGAUUUCCCUGUACCACUUAGUGGGAGCAGUGUGGGAUUGCAGAAGGGCAUUGGCUUGACAACAAGGCACAAAACACUGAUAGGAGAAUGAAAGAUGGGCAAAAGCAAUUUAUUUGAUUUUUUUUUUUCCUUAUAAAAAUAUGCAUUAGGGACCUGAAGUUGCAAGAGGCAAGGAGAAUUAAAGGAAGAGGGAAUAAGUACCAGAAUGUUUAUGAAUGAAGGCAAGAAGAAGAAAGUCAUAGCAUUAUUUUUGAUUUCUGGAAUGCUUUUUCUUCAAAUUGCUGUUAGAUAAAUAAUGUAAAGUCUUAGUCAUUUGCAUAAGAACUGAAGAAAAUACAUUGGAAAUAGUAACAACUAGUAUUAACCUAGGCAAUACUUUGCCACGACUGUUUUCAAACACCAGUUGGUAAUCAGCAGCAAAGGUACCCAUACAGCUUUUAUUGUUGUUUUUUCUUUAGCUAGAUUUCAGUCCAGAACUACUGGCAGCAAUCUGGUCCUUAUUCAUAGCCCAUUGAAGUUAAUGGUUCUUGCUGACCAGUGAACUUUGGGUCAGAUUGUUAGGAGGUGGUUAAAAUUUGUGGAGCUUGAGGAAGAGUGAGAUUUAAAAUGACACUUCAGAGACCAGAAGGGCCACCUUUCUGAGAUGAGAGACAGGCAACACUGAGAAAAUAUGGGAAGAAAACAGACAAGGUCUGAAACAAGUAGUAUUAACUUGAGAUGGCAGUAGGAAAUCUGUUUAAAAGGCUGAAUGAAAAGUGGAUAUAAAAGUUGUUCAGUGCCUUGGAACAAGAAUCAGAAGGCAGGGAGCAGUCAGCUGCAAAGAAAGGAAAUGAUAAAAAUGACUGACAGUAAAAAAAUGUAAUUGAUUGUAUUCAUCAUUCAGGAUCAGUGGGCCUGGCAGAGUUAACAUUUCCAUUUCCAGCACUGAAGAUAUUGACAAAUUGCAUUAUAUCUGUGGAAUCUGUUUGCUUUCGUUGGUCUAGCUACCUAGGGUAAAUAUUUACAUCUUGUUCAUUGCUCUUGAAGUACUGACUGGUAAUAUGACAGCAAUGUCAAGAUAUUUUGCAGUCUUUUUUCUGUGUCACAGUUCAAACUUUCUGUUAGCUAUUUGAGUAACAGUUCUAUAGAAUUUCUUUUGCUUAGAUAUGAUUCUCUUUUCGAAAUGCAAUCUUUUGGAUUGCUUUGAGACUUAACAUUUUAUUAAAAAUUCAAUUUGUGUCCUCUAGAAACAUAGAGAGUGUUUGUGAAAUGUUUUCCUGUCAUGACCAGAAUGUUUACUGCUUAUUGGCUGUGCAUAUUGGGAGAGGACUCUAAGGAUGGGUAGCAAAAUAGAUUUUGCUACUGUAAGAUAUUUUUCUCCAUCCUCAUGUCUCCAGAGGACUUUGUUUUGAUUUUUUUAGGAUUCUUUUUCUUCUUUCAAGUGUUACGGUUGUAUAAAAUGAAAAAAUCAAAAACAAACAACAACCAACCUAAACCAAAACCCUCCCAGCAUGCUUUUCACGGCAGUAUGCUAUUGAUCUGUAUAGUGGAUUUCAGGUUAAAAGCAGGGUGCAGCAAGACAUGGCCUUUGGGCUGUGACAAGAAGUGGCCCUUGGUCUGUGCUAGAAUGUGCACAUUCUUAAUUAUCUUGCCUCAUUUCACUUAAGUGUCUUUCAUAUUCAGGUAAGUAAUGUGCAAAACUGCCAGAGUUUAUAGACCUGUUUAUGUGAUGUAUUGAAGGUCUGUAACUCCAGCCAUGUUUGCUGGAGUUGAAGGAACACUGUCUCACACAGAGCAUCUUGUGGGGUCAGGUGCUUCAGCCUGCCAAGCUCUCCACCCUCUGUCUGCAGCUACAGAGGAAGUGGUCUGGGGAAGCUGCUGCUAAUUUCAGUAUUUACUUAUUUUCUGUGAAAGAUUUCUACUAGAGUAGUGUAUGGACAGUAUCCUGCCCGUAAUUAUACUUGGAUGUGACUAAAACAUUCUAUGUGCUGCUGCUUAUGGUGUGAAAACACUCUGCUUCCUGCUUUAUAACCCAGGAGAAAGAUAGAAGUCCCAGUGCCAAAGAAGUAAUCUGGAAAUACUUAAGGAGGUAUGACUGAGCUACAGUGCUGGGGGAGUUUCACUGCAGAAUUAAGGUGUAGGGGAUAACAGGACUAGAGUGUGAUCAAGUGCUGCUGUUAGUUUGAGUGUCAGUGUUUCCAUGGCAAGUGUGGAAUUUAUUUGCUUACCUUAUUAUGAAGAAAUAUUAAACUUUUGUGUCCUACGAAUUCAAAUUUGAUAUGUGAAGCUGCCCUAUGUUCAUGGAUCUUCUGACUCAAUAUUAGUUUGAUCUGUCAGGGUUUUUUACAAGUUUAUUGUCAAGAAAAUUAAUGAAUACUGACUGGGAACAGAUACUUUACUGAACUGCUAGUAAAUCAGAAAGAGAGUAGUGUAGAUAUUAGGUUGAAAAAAGGGAAUGAACUAAAAAUCUUCUGUUACUGGGUAUAUCCACAGAUUUGUUCCAGAUGAUAUAGAUAGAAUGUAUACAGAUAUAAACUGCCAGUGUUGUAUUUUUCUGAAGUGGUUGUGGCAUUCUACAUUCUCUUUUGCAAAAUACUGUUAUCUGUCUAAUCCAAAUCCCUAGUGAAGUUCUAUUUUUUUUUUUUUUGCAAUUUUUUUUGAAAUUACAUUGAAGUUAACAGUUAUUCAUAUUUGCCUUUGAGAAAUAAGCUAGAUUUUUUUUGUUAAAGGAUUUAUAAUUGCACAGUUAGUAAUAUGCACUUUCAUUUCUUAAUAUUAAGUAUUUUGCAUCAAGCACAAAUGUAUUUUAAUGGAUAUGUCCAGAGGAAUGACAGAACUGCCAUUAGCAGUCCAUUCAAAUUAAGAGUAUGUUUUUUGGGUUUUUUUCAUAUUUUAAUUAUGGAACCUUGGGCAUUUCUGCGGAUGAUGCAUGUAUGUAAAACUGCAGGAUCAGGAUUUUUAAAAUAAAAGAUCUCCCCUUUACGUGGCAACUUUGGGCAAAAAUCAAGGAGUAGGACAUAGCCAGGAUCAAGACCUCAGCAACAACCUCCUAUGGAAUUUAGUGGAAGGCUCAUGUGUGUGAUGUCUACCAUAAGGGCCUUAAUUACAUUUUCUCACUUGUACAUAUAUAAUCAUCUAUGCAAAUUGGCAUUUUCCUGGAUAGAGAGGUUUAAUGCUUUUCAAACAUCCCUUGGACUUUCUCAUGUGUCUGUGUGGAUAUAUGUGUUGGGGCCAAAUGAAAAAUUGGAGUUUAGUGCUGCAGAGCCAAUAUCUCCAGCUGUUUUGUCAGGAACUCAGGUGGAAUUUGGAACCAGUGUGGCUACAGCAGGAAAGGGUGGAAGAAUUUGCAGAUAAACUUCAGGAUGUUCAAGGAAGAUAUUCAGAGCUAAGCUUGAAAUUCCAUUCUUCUCCAAGGUGCAAGAGGGUAACUCUGCACCCCUAAUACAUGAAACCAUUCACACUUUGGAGAUCCAUGCUACUGCCUAGGCAAAAUAGGGUGGAGUAAAAUAUGCAGUGUCUCAUCAGCCUUAAGAAGCAAACAAUUUUUCACAGUUUAAACACUAUUUGAAUACAGUGUGGCAUUGGCAAUCAAUUUUAAAGAGUCCCAUUUUUAAGCUGAUAAACUAAACAGAAUAAUGUUUAUAAAUGGGAAACCUCAAUAAGCCUUCUUGUUAAUCUCUAUACAGCAGAGGUAAGAGCUUAUUCCCAGUUUGUGUAAAUAAGAGUAAUCCUGAUUCAAGAAAAUUAUCAUAGGGAAGAAUUUGGAAAUAAAUGAAACAAUCCAACUCCAAAUUAAUUCUGAUGUGACACAUUACUACUGCAGGUAAAUAAAUGGCAAAUACCUAACAGUGUGAAUAAAUACAAACUUCUGUAUUGUGACACUUCUUCACAGCAGAGUAUUUUAUGCUACAAAAGGAAUAUUCCUUGUAUGUUAUUCAAUAUGAGUAAAUAUACCACAAUCUGGUCUCAAAGCAGAUCUUUUUCUUCCAUAUGUUCCUAUUGUUUCCAUAUGCCCUUUCUGUCAGCUGAAAGCAAUAUAAAAACUAAGCUUGAAAAAUAUACUAAUUGAUUGUAAAUAUUUAGGCAGAAAUUUAUAUGCAUAUUGACAUAUAACUAAUAGAUGUAUAUACAUACAGAUUUGCAUACUGUGUAUUAUGCAUACACACACACGACAAGUCUUGACUAUUUUGUUAGUAUUGGUAACAAAUGUCAGUCAUUUCAGUAUGUAUAUUAUCUGUGUAACAGAUGGGUAUCCAAGACUUUGCUGACAGGAUUUUAGCACUAUUCAAAUAUUUGUUCUUUAGGGUAUGCCAUGGUCUUCUGACAUCGAGAAAAGUGAGUUAAAUAUGUGAGGUUUGACAUAUUGCUACUUACUGGAGGAAAAAUAUCAAGAAACACUACACUUUGCAAUAAUGAAGUACCCUUUUAGAACAAAAUAUGCUGCUACUGACUUGUGUAUUUAUAAAUAAAAGAAUGAUCCAAUGAAGAAUCCAUCUAUCUUUCUCUUUGGCAUCUGUAAAUGGAUAGUGCCACAAAGGUUGUUGUCAUAAUUUGAAUGUGCUUCCACUCAGAGUAAUAUUUUGGAAUCAUAUCACUGAAAUUAGUAGUGUUGUUCAGACAUGCUCAACUAUUGUUAUGUAGUUGUUCUAAAGUAAAGAAGUGGCUGGCUUUGAUAUUUCUUGAUUUUUCUCAUCUUUCUUUGAAUUGGUAAGUUUAUUUCAAAGGCUAAAUGGUGUAACUUCAAAAAGCA